CAUCCGUCGAGUCGAGUCGACGCUCGAGCUCAUCCCUGAAAUAUAGACACGAUUCCAAAGAAAAGAAAAAAACUUUUGACUUGAUUAACAUACACCGAGUGAAACCAAUAACAUUCUUCCCUUGAUUUUGUAAUUAUUCAAAGUGUGCGUGUCGGAUUUCCGUGUUUUCAGUUCAGACGAAAAAGACACAUAAUUAUCGUGUUGCUGUUGAUCGUCUGGGGAAAUUUCAAUAUCGGACUAUGAUUACAGCAGUCACCUAGUUGCAGAGACAUUGUCCAUCACUCGUGGCAGCGUGUGACGAAAUCUGCGAGAAACGAACGUCCUUCCUCGUAGGCCGAGCCUAAUCAGCAGCUCCUUUGAGUUAAUAAGAGUCUCCGGAUUGAGCCUCUUUUUUUUUUUUUUUAGUUUAUUGUGUAGCCGAUUGCUGCUGACGACUGCCAUCCUUAACUGCACAAUAACAACUAAUAAUAGGCCUCAGUAUAUAUACGUACACUGGGCACACACACAGUUAGUUGUGCACGUCCUGUCGAAUGUUUCACCCAGUUGCCGAUGCCAACUCAUCGAUCUGUCCGGGUUAGUUGCACCAGUAACACCCACGGCCGGAUCGCUGCUGACACGCACGAAAGGGCCCAGUCAUCGGGACCCCGAAUCGGCACCUAAAGUGCGUGACUAGAGGCGAAACUCGUACGUCCGUGUUGGACUUCAACCGCCAAUAAAGACAGCAAAAAAAGAAAAACUAGAAGGCGGGAAAAUUUGAAAAGACUAAAACAAAAAAAAAAAAAAAAAUCGAUUUUUGCAUUAAAAACUCGAAGUGAAAGUGACACUAUUUUUAAAGAAAGAAAAAAAAAACUUGUAUUUGUGUUGUGGAAAUCCCCAUGACGUCUAGCUCAAAAGUGAAGAGGAUGCUGCCACGGCAAAUGGAGGACGAUGGUCGGUCACGGUGUGCGAAUGUGGCUGGACAUGACUGGCAGUCCCAUAGGAUUGGCUGUGCCAGCCGAAGGAUGGCCGGAUCGAAUCGUGCUAUUAGACAUGACGAGUUGUCGGCGCAAGGUGAAACAGCUCGAAGUGUUUCUGGUGCAAAUAAAACAAGUGCGAACCCACAAGUCAAGCCACGAUUUGCGAUCUUUCGUCUUCUUCAUCCUGUCGCCCCGCUGCUGGCCCUUUUCCUCUUGACGCUAAUGGCGUGUCGGCCGUGUCACGGUCACGAUCCCGAGCUCUUCGACAUAGAAGACGAAGAUGGAAACGGAGCCAUCGGCACCGACAUCGUUCAACUUCCAGGACCUUUGCAGCACGUCAUUAGUGUAGUCAAAGGUAAAACGAACCUGCCGUGCGACAUCACUCCGCCCGUCGAGGACGAUCAGGCCAGUUUGGUCCUCUUCUACAAAGACGAUGCCAGCCCGUCCAUUUACACGUACGAUGCACGAGAUAAGUACGCCAGCCGGCCUAGACAUUGGUCCGACGACAACGUGCUGGGCAAACGAGCUUUUUUCAGUACGGUCGUCCUCCAAAAUAAUUAUUCAUCAUCCGGCUGUCUGAUGAUCGAUAAUGUGCGCGAAUCAGAUGCAGGACUUUAUCGAUGUCGUGUCGAUUUCAAACGUUCGCCCACGCGCAACAGCCGAGUCAACCUCACCGUUGUCGUGCCGCCCAAGCAGAUGAAGAUCACGAACGAAAAGGGCGUAGAUGUCGACGAUGUCAUUGGUCCAUUCGAUGAAGAUGCAACGCUGAUCCUCGUCUGUAUUGUCACUGGAGGAAAUCCGGCACCGGAAGUUACGUGGUGGCAAGAAGAAAGGAUGAUUGAUCGUCACGCUGAAAUUCGCCAUUCCGAGCAGGGAGUGGUCCGCAAUGUCCUCCAACUGGAGCGACUGGGUCGGGUCGACUUGCGCACCAAACUCUCGUGUCACGCAUCCAAUACGCAACUGUCUCAGCCAUUGACCAAAUCCGUCGAGAUCGAACUCAAUCUUAAACCGCUGGACGUGCGCAUUCUGAGCAGCAGACAGCCACUAUCGUCCGGCAAAAAGUACGAGUUGACAUGUCAGACGGCCGGAUCGCGUCCGUCCCCCACGGUGACCUGGUGGAAAGACGGCCAACUGCUACGCCGUUCUCAAGAGACUCCGUACGACGGUGGCAACGUUACGCUGAGCCAAUUAACCGUCCAACUAACACCCGAAGAUGAUGGCAAAAAACUCGUUUGCCGCGUGGAAAAUCCCGCCCUCGGCCCGGCUUCUGCCAUUGAAGAUUCGUGGCUGCUCGACGUCUACUACGUCCCUCGCGUUCGAUUGGAGCUGGGACGGAACCUGGAAGGCGAUCACAUCCGCGAAGGGAUCGACGUCUACUUCGACUGUCACGUCACGGCCCGGCCAUCAGCAUUUCGCCUCGUUUGGCGGCAUCAGGGCAACGUUUUACAACACAACGUUAGCGCCGGUGUGAUCAUCAGCGAAUCGAGUCUCGUUCUGCAAAGAGUGGCGCGCAGUUCGGCCGGUCGUUAUACGUGUCACGCUAGCAACGCCGAAGGCGAGGGAUCCAGCUCACCUUUCCACCUGCACGUUGCACAUAAGCCCGUAUGCCGUCCGGAGCAGAAGAACUCUUACGGCGGAGCCAAGGGACUGACAAGCGAAGUGGAAUGUCAUGUCGAGUCGAAACCGGGCGCCACGAGCUUCCGCUGGGCCUUCAACGGCACCGGCGAAUUAGUGGACAUCACGUCGGGCUAUCGGACAACGGCCGACGGCUCCAUCUCCGUCCUGCGCUACACCCCCCGCAGCGAACUGGAUUUCGGGACGUUGCUCUGCUGGGCCGCAAACCCGCUGGGCACUCAAUCGCAGCCGUGCGUCUACCACUUUUACGCAGCCGGUGUACCGGAUCCGCCCAAGAACUGCUCCAUCUCCAACCAGACUUUGUCGUCGUUCGAGAUCGAUUGCAACGAGGGAUACGACGGUGGUAUACCGCAACAUUUCAAAAUGCACGUCUUCGACAUCAAAACGCGGGCGUUGCUGGCCAACUUGACGUCGUCAUCGCCCAGGUUCGCUCUCCACUUGGGCUCGGCUUCGACGUCUCAAUCGGGGGCAACGGCCGGCGUAGGCGCCGAAGAAAACCCCAAGACUCACAGCUGGAAAUCGGGCGGCGGAUCGUCGUCCAGCAACAUGAUCACAAUCGAUGAAACAUCGCCGACCAACAACAACAACAACAAAACGGCCAGGCGGCACAGCAAUGGCGGCUCGGGGGCCGGCGUCUUCUUUGGCAGUAUCGCCGUCAUCCCGCCGGUGGGCACGUUACUGCAGGUGACGGCCGUGAACGCUCACGGCGUCAGCGAAUCGGUUUUCAUCGAGGCCACGCAGCAGGCUGUUGUCGGAUUGCUACCGGCCGAGAUGCAAGCUGCCGGCGCCGCGGGCGGUGGAGGCUUCUCCAAUUUCGAAUUUACUCCGACGCUGGGCAUCCUGAUUGGCAUCGUUGCCACUGGUAUCUUCAUGAUGGGCACCCUUAUUGCCGCCCUGCGUAUUCGCCAGCGCAGGAAACCCAUCCAGCAGGCCGUCAUCAAGGAUAAAGACCGCGAUAUGGACAGCUACAACGGCAACGAGUACAUUGAACUGGGCACCAAAGACCCUGACGUCAUCACCAAAGAUAAACCAGGGACGGAAUCGAUGCCACACAUCAUCAGCAAUCCGCUUGAUUUGAUGGCUAAUGGACGGACAUCGUCGAGCACGUUGACGCUUCCUUUGCGCGGAGACAGUCCCGCAGGAUCUUCUUCUUCCGCCGUUCGAUCUAGUCAGGAGGAAGUGGUCUACGCCGAACUGACGCUGUCUCGUCAUCGGCCGACGCACCUUGCUAUGCCGACUGGCAAAUUGCCUACAGGAGCGACGGACGCGACUACCACCACAGACGGAGUGGUCUACGCCCAAAUCGACCACACGAAGCGGAAACAGCAGCCGAAUAAACGGAUAAGGACCGAUGCGCCACCGCCACCAACAAAUCAACUCUCCACUUUUCAGCAGCCGUCCCAGUUGGUCAUGUUGCCGGAUGUCAGUCAAACCGUGACUACCGGCAAUAUUCGUGAAACGAUUUUAAUGUAACAUCGUUGAGCCAGUCGCCGUUAAACGGACCGCAUAAUAGUAGCGGUCGAAUUUGAGAAACGCAACGAGAGAGGGGGGAAGACAUGUUGAAAGUUUGACAGAAAAUCGACCAUUCGAAUGGACUCGUCGGCAUUUUGCAUGUUGUUGUCUGUCGUUGUUAUUGUUUGUAUGUAUGCAUUCCUGUACACACAUACAGUACCAAGUACGUGUAUAUUUCAUUUUUCAAUGUCUACCAGACGAUAUUUGAAAAGUCCUUGCCUGUCGUGGACUGAUUCUAUUUGCUGUCUAUAUGUUUUGGUACGACUCAAUGCUUCAAAAUGAUUCCGUUCCUAUACGGUCUAUAUAUUAUAUUUAUAUAUAGAUGACAUCUACUCCCUUUCAAUUCUCAUUUUCUUAUUGGCAUUCGAUGGCAUCAUCUUGAAACCUGUUUUCCCGCUCUCUUUUCUUUUUUCUUGUAUUUUUCUUUUUGUUUUGUUUGUUUUUAUUUUCUGUUUGUUUUUGCGCGAUAGGCAGCGAUGACCAUCGGCCAAGGUUAGGUUGACGUAUAUGGGAAAGGAAGAUUUGCUACGUGUCUUGGCAUAUACCGGUUUCAUCUGCUGCUUCCUGAUUUAUUUUUUGCUGUUCUACAGGUAUGUGUAUAUUGUUUGUCAAUAUGGAUCCCCUCGCCCUAGCCUGUUUUCAUGCGUCCAAAAUGAUGUCGCUAUUACCAUGACCGUCUCUCUCUUUUUUUUUUUUUGUCUGCGAGAAAAAUACUCUUUGUCAAAGAGGGAAGAGUCAAGUUUGAAAACUCGUCCUAGAAUUCUAUAAAAAAAAUAUAUUCUGUUUUAUGUUGAAAAAUCUUGGUAACUAUAUAGUUUUAAAUUAUUUUAAUACAAGUGUAUGUGUCAUCUGA